AUCUUUUCGACGCUUUCAUGAAGCAAGAAGGGAAUACGCAUAAGGCUUGAGACAACAUGUGGUGAUAAAGACCUUGUCCAGGACAGACAAUGGUCCUGAUCUGGGGUUUUAGAUACCCAGAUCUCGCCCAUCAUAACGUGGAGAACCCGUGUCAUCUAUGCGGUUCAAUGUCAUAUCUCGGUUGGCAUCGAUCACAGGGGUCUGAGGCAUACCUGACACAAGGAUAUGCAGCCGCUGGAUCUGUCAGCCUCGCGGUGGGCGAGUGCUGAAGUUCGACGCGAACGCGAAUAUCACAACAGGACAAGAACUCCUUCACCGCAAAAGCAAGUGCGAGACACGAAACUACCGAACACAGCAUCUGCGCCUACAUCAAGCGCGUCAACGGCACCACCUCUCAGCUCAGCACAACGCCUGUUAGUGACCCGACAAACCGAACUGCAGCGCUUUCGCAGGCUCUUUCGCCGAGUGGCUUGGAAAGCAAACAGUCUCACUCACUGGUCGCAUCGUGCACUGAACCUCGCCCAAGAACACCAAUCUCACAAUCAUACAAUUCAUGCUCAUCCUGGUGGCGUAGGACCACGGACAUCGCUGGGCAGGUAUGAAAUGAUCAUUGACCCCAUCGAGGCCGAGCGGCAAUUCAAGAUUGACUUUCACGAGUUCUACGCCUUGUUGGAGCGCGGCUUGGUAUAUCUACUAGGUGUCUGGGGCAUCGUCAUCACCUCUUCGGCUCCAACGACCGACCACGAGCAGAGCAGAUCGACCGCGACGCCUUUCACUCCGAUUAACGGCUCCUCUGCGCCCAUCAUCGGCGAUUCCCGCACCUUCCAUGGAGCAUCACACCGCUUCCACGCCAAUGUCCUGGCAGCACUUGACCAUCCCUUGAAUCCGUUGCAUGCUAUCCUGGGUACUGGCGACACGCGUGAGUACAUUGGCGUGGCUAAAGAGUUCCGCAAUAAGUGGAAAGACGUCGAGCAGCGGCCUGAUGACUCGUUCAAGGGCACAGACCGCGCUGAAGAAGCGUGGGACAAGAAAAAGGUCCGACGGUACGAAGAUGUACUCCGAGACCUGAAGCUAGACGAGUUGCUAGGGACCAUUCUGGCGGCCCUUGAAGAUGCCGGCAGAAAAGCUGAAGAGGAGGUCAAGAGAUUGGAGACAUUAGUCGGUGGAGCAAAUCAGCAAGGGAAAGGUAUCAGCAAAGAUGUGGAAGAUAUGGACCUUGAUAUGGAGGACAGUCCGUUCGAAGCCAUGCCUGGAAGAGCUUCAUUCGAAUUCGAGAUGGAGCUUUGAGACGAUUGGAUAUUCAGCGCAUCAAUCCACAUGUGCUUCCAAGCAUGUUGUGCAUGGUCUGGAACCCGCCAUGCAUGGAUGAAUUGGAGUAUCAGGUCCACUGGCGCAUUUUCCACUUUGAUUUCGUCGCACCAAAAGUACACCACAUUGGACAUGGUGAUGUUCAGCCAAAGCAGAGAAUUCUGUUAUGAAUAGAUUAUCACGUCAGACAUUCUUGUAAAUGUAUCACAGUAGGACUUUUUGACAUCGGCUAUAU